AUGAAACUUGAUGGAGUGGGUGGAACUUGGGUGUAUGAUGAACGAACUGGACUCGAUGAAUUUGGUUUGCCAAUCCACACAAGCAUGUAUAAAAAUCUAAUGACGAAUUUACCAAAAGAAUUAAUGGAUUUUCCAAACUUUCCUUAUACUGGCUUAGACAAUGUAUCAUUUUUGAAAUCUUGGCAAGUGCAAGAAUAUAUUGAAAAAUUUACUGAACAUUUUGGACUUAAUAAGCACAUUCAAUUUUGUAGUUUGGUAACUUCAGUUGAAAAAUUAACGAAGAACUGGCAGGUGACAGUUGAAGACUUGAUAUCAAAAACAUCAAAGACUGAAUACUAUGACGCAGUAAUGGUGUGUAAUGGACAUAACGCUUUGCCUCUUACCCCAGAUAUUCCUGGGAAUAAUGAUUUUGAUGGCAUACAAAUACACAGUCAUGAUUAUAGGAUACCUGAACAUUUUACAAAUUUGAAUGUUCUCAUAAUUGGUAGUGGUGCUUCUGGCGUUGAUAUUUGCUCGGAUGUAUCGAAAGUGGCAAAUCAGGUUUAUUUCAGUCAUCAUAAGCCUGAACUAAUCGAAAAAGAAUUUCCAAAAAAUGUUAUACAUAAACCUGAUGUAGAGCUUUUUUCUAAGAAAUCUGUUUGUUUUAAAGACAAAACUAAGCAGACUUUGGAUGCUAUAAUUUAUUGCACAGGAUACAAAAUUACAUUACCAUUUUUGAAACCUAGUUGUGGAAUUAAUGUUUUGAAUGACAAAUUGAUCACUCCUCUUCAUAAAAAUAUCAUCAAUAUGUAUAAUCCUACUAUGGGUUUCAUUGGAUAUUUGAAUAUGACUUUUAUAUUCCGAAUAUUUGACUUACAGGUUCGGUACUAUUUAGAAUUUCUUCGUAAAAAUUGUUCGUCGAGGUUGGAUUGUAUGAUUGCGAUGAUGUCUCCGGUCAGUACACAUUUCUUAGGCGAAAAUAUGUCAGAGUACUGCAAAUCGUUAAUAUUAGACAAAAUUAAAGUUGAACCAAUUCCACCUAUCUAUUUUGAGAUAUACAAUGAAUGUCAUAAACUUAAAAACAAAUAUUAUAGAACAUAUCGCUCAAUGGUCAUAAGGAUUGUCGACAAUGAUGAUUAUGUAAUUGAAUUAGAUGCAGAAAAUGCAAAAACUAAAUAAAUUACUAACGUAAAUAUUUAUAUUUAAUUUAAUAUUAUAAWCAUCCAAAUUUUGUGAAAAACCUAUAAAAGAAAUAUUGAUAAGCUUAUUAUUAUGUACAUAUAAUAU